AUGGAGUCCUCAACUCCGGUCUCUUCGCCGAUUCUUUUUCAAUUACCGAAAAAUUCGCCCCAAUUUCGCCUGAUCCUUGCCGGGAUCUCGUUAUCGAAAUCGAGAUGUGAAUUCUCGCGCAAAUUGCAGCUGGCGCGGCCAGGAAGGAGCUGGGGUACCCUGCGUCCCGUCUCAGCCAGGGAAGUUGGGAUCAAGUGUUUUGCUGAAGAGGUGGUGGAUGGCGGAGGAGAACUCAUCUUGGAUAAAAAUGUUGAAGAUGAGGUUAGGGAUGACGAUUCGGAGGAGGAGUUGAACGGUCAGGAUUUCCCCAAUGGAUCGGCCGUUCCUCAGAGGAUUCCGUCCUCCGGGGAUUCUCUCUCUCUGGGCAUUCGGGAGCCCAUCUAUGAGGUUGUGGAAGUAAGUUCUGAUGGAACGGUAUCUACAAGGAAAAUUAAUCGAAGACAUUUGUUAAAAUCGAGUGGCCUUCGACCUCGAGAUAUAAGGAGUGUUGAUCCGUCAUUGUGGCUAACCAACUCAAUGCCUUCAUUGUUGGUACGUGAUUAUGCUAUAUUGCUGAAUCUGGGAUCCUUGCGGGCGAUUGCAAUGCAAGAACGUGUGUACAUAUUCAAUUAUAAUCGUAAAGGUGGAAAAGCUUUCAUUGAUACAUUGCUACCACGCUUAAAUCCGAAGAACAUGAAUGGAGGGCCCUCAAUGCCAUUUGUCCUUGAGGUGGUUGAGGCUGCACUGCAUUCUCGAAUUCAACGUCUGGAACGUAGAUUAAUGGAUUUAGAGCCACGCGUGCAAGCUUUACUUGAGGUUCUUCCCAACCGAUUGACUGCUGCCAUAUUGGAGGAACUCCGGACUAGCAAACAGACGUUGGUUGAAUUGGGCUCUAGAGCUGGGGCUCUUAAACAAAUGCUGCUUGAUAUCCUUGAGGACACUCAUGAAAUACGACAAAUUUGUAUAAUGGGAAGAAACUGCACUCUUAUGAAAAAUGACGAGGUUCAAUGCUCCGUUCCUUCGGAGAAGGAGAUAGCAGAGGAAGAGGAGGAAGAAAUUGAAAUGCUUCUGGAAAAUUAUCUCCAAAGAUGUGAAUCCUGUCACGGUCAAGCAGAGAGGCUUCUCGAUUCAGCAAAGGAGAUGGAAGAUUCAAUUGCUGUGAACCUCAGCUCUCGGAGACUGGAAGUAAGUAGAGUGGAACUUCUUCUUCAGGUUGCAACAUUUUGUGUUGCAGUUGGUGCCUUAAUUGCAGGUAUAUUUGGCAUGAACUUGAAGUCGUAUCUUGAGGAACAUAUUUUCGCCUUCUGGCUUACGACAGCAGGCAUUUUUGUGGGUGCUGUGGUUGGAUUCUUUCUCUUGUACUCCUACCUCAGGAAAAGAAAAAUUCUGUGA